CUUGCUUGGGAAAGGGGUUCGUUGGGCAGCUCUCUGGUCCUCUUCUCGGUGGACAAAACCGCGUUUUUCCACGGCCACCGUCCCCAACAUUCGCCGAUUCCAACCCCGCCUCGGCUCCUCUCCUCUCCUCGUCGUUUCAAAACCGGCGCACCUCACCUCCUUUUCGUCCCACUCGUCUUCACCUCCCCAACCUGCGUUUUAUGUUCACCCCCAACUCCACCACCACCACCAACCUCCUCUUCCUCCUCCCCUUCUCCCACCACCUCUUUCCGCCGCCGCCUGUUCCAUGAAGGACUAGCCCAUCAGUCCACUACUCAGCCAUGGCACAGCUCGCGAUGCGGUCGCUGCUCCUCUUCUUGCUCCUGCUCUCUCCGUUUGUUGUUUCAGCUGGUGUUGUGAAGCUUAACUCGUCGUCGCCCCUGUUUGGCAUCGAGUUGCCGCCGUUCAACACUGCCGUCGCCGACACCGGCUGCGACAGCAAGCUGGUGGCAGCCGAGGAGGUGGAGGACGAGCCGAAACAGCCGGCGAGGAUGUCCCCGUCGCUAAAACUGUACAUGAGCCACCGCGCGGCCGCCGACGCUGCGGUGGGCAGGACAAGGAAAGAUUCGUUCUUGGAGUCGGCAAAGAAGGACGCCGUCCGCAUCGAGACGAUACACCGGAGGGCGGCGCUUGCCGGCGGGGACCGGUCGCCUGCUUCGUCGCCGAGGCGGGCGUUGUUGGAGCGGCUGGUGGCGACGGUGGAGUCCGGCGUCGCAGUCGGGUCCGGUGAGCACCUGAUGGAAGUCUACGUCGGCACGCCGCCGCGGCGGUUCCCGAUGAUCAUGGACACUGGCAGCGACCUCAACUGGCUGCAGUGCGCGCCCUGCCGCGCCUGUUUCGAGCAGCGCGGCCCAGUCUUCGACCCCGCCGCCUCCUCCUCCUACCGCAACGUCACCUGCGGCGACCAGCGCUGCGGCCUCGUCGCGCCGCCGGAGGCGCCCAGGGCGUGCCGCCGCCCCGGGAAGGACCCCUGCCCAUACUACUACUGGUACGGCGACCAGUCCAACACCACCGGCGACCUGGCGCUCGAGUCCUUCACCGUCAACCUCACCGCGCCGGGCGUGUCCCGCCGCGUGGACGGCGUCGUGUUCGGGUGCGGCCACUGGAACCGCGGCCUCUUCCACGGCGCCGCGGGGCUGCUCGGCCUCGGGCGCGGGCCCCUCUCGUUCGCGUCCCAGCUGCGCGCCGUGUACGGGCACGCCUUCUCCUACUGCCUCGUUGACCACGGCAGCGACGCCACCAGCAAGAUCGUAUUCGGGGAGGACACCGCGCUGCUCGCGCACCCGCAGCUCAGCUACACGGCGUUCGCGCCUCCCGCGGCGGGCACCUCGGCGGACACAUUCUACUACGUCAAGCUCAAGGGCGUGCUCGUCGGCGGCGAGACGCUGAACAUCACGUCGGACACAUGGGACGUGGCCAAGGACGGGUCCGGCGGCACCAUCAUCGACUCCGGCACGACGCUGAGCUACUUCGCGCAGCCGGCGUACCAGGUGAUCCGGCAGGCGUUCAUCGACCGCAUGAGCAAGGUGUACCCUCUCAUCCCCGACUUCCCGGUGCUGAGCCCCUGCUACAAUGUGUCCGGGGUGGAGAGGCCGGAGGUGCCGGAGUUCUCGCUGCUGUUCGCCGACGGCGCCGUGUGGGACUUCCAGGCGGAGAACUACUUCAUCCAGCUCCCGGACGGCAUCAUGUGCCUCGCCGUCCUGGGCACGCCGCGCUCCGCCAUGUCCAUCAUCGGCAACUUCCAGCAGCAGAACUUCCACGUCCUGUAUGACCUGCAGAACAACCGGCUCGGCUUCGCGCCGCGGCGGUGCGCCGAGGUAUAGUCGAUGAGGGUCUCCGAGGAUGAACAAUUCAAAAUCCAGUCCUCAACUUGAUUGAUUGUGUUAUACUAGUAUGUAGUACCUUUGCUAAUUGGGAGGAAAAUUGGGUGUAGAAAUUUUGGGAUGGAAAGGAUGGUGGCACACGAGCUCAAAGGUUUUUCGGACCAAUCUCCAAGGAGACUGGGAACAAGUAGGAAUUUAUACUGUAGUCUUUUUUUUUUUUACCAUUUCGCCUGUAUACAGUUCAAAGUAUAAAAUUAUUUU